CAGGAAUACUGGGCAAAUGAGAAAGAACAGUUUAGUCCUGUAUCGAUACUAGAUUGUCCAUUUGUAGAUGAAGAAGAGAUUUACAAGCGUCGUUUCAGAUCCACUUCCUCUGUUGUUUCCAUCACGGAAGGAAGGAAACACAAGCAUAUGCACGAAAGAUGCCAUUUAGAAAGUGUGGCUUCACCGGAGCCGGUGGUUUUAGAGAAAAGGUUCGCGCGGUUAGAGGCGGGGGAUGAAACACUCAAGCAUUCUACAAAACAACGUUCCCGCGUAGUAGUGCCAGCAGCGCGUACUCGAAAUAACUUGCGUCCUGCAAGCAAUCACGACAUUGAGGAGAACGCUCGAAAUCUUCUCAACUUCGUUAAAGGAUCAAAUCCACAGAACACUUUGAUACUUAAGGCAGAGAACCUGCUGUUUGAUUACUUCAAGAAGAGUGUUGGAGAAUGUAAAGAAAUUGAUCUGUCAAAAAAGCUUCACCUUUGCAAGGUAGCAGAGGAUUGGAUAAACGGGCGACCCCAAGAACUGUAUUUGGAUUGGGAAGAACAAGGACGAAGGUCUGUGUAUGUUAGGGAGAUGGACAGAUGUGAAGGGUGGAAAAACUAUGAUCAAGAAAUACAACAAUUGGGUGGGGACCUGGCAAACGAAGUCUUGACAAUUCUGGUUAAUGAGUCAGUGCUUGAUCUUAUGAUACGUGCCAGCCACUGAGAUCACAUGCUGCCGAUUACCUUUUUCCAUUGUUUCUUUUUCCUUUUACAUCGAUUGUAUUCGUCUCUUCUCCCUGUCUCGGGGAUACGAGACUCUAAAUUUUGGAACAAUUAGGGAAAAUUUUUGCUUUUACUUACCAUGUUUUUCUUCCCCAAUAUCCUGCCUAUAUCGCUUUGGCUUCUAGUAUUUAUUAGGACUUGGGAAAAAAAAUUAAAUUCAUCUUCU